AUGGCAAGUUCAGAGUCAGAGCGAACAGAGGCAUACUUGCACGUCGACUGUGCUCAGCCACCAGCAAGAACUUGGCAGAGGAAAUUCGAUGAUGAAGGCAAGAAGGUUGCUAAGUUUAGCAUGACCAUGAAUGAUCUCAUGACAAUGGUGCCCUUUAUUGCCAAAAUGCUUCGACUAUACGUCCAAGAAAGCGCGAAAGGCCAAGCUUCGGUCUAUGAUCCUUUCAGGAAAUGGAUGGACAACUGCUACCGCGGGGUACCCCUCGGCGCACUAGGUGCAGGAAGCAUAGGGAGAAGCUACAGAGGGUACUUCCAGCAUUUCCAAAUAUUCCCCAGGAUGUUUGAAGAGAAGCCUAUCCUGGCCAACCAGUUCUCCGCAUUCGUUUCGCGUCCCGGCGGGAAGAGCUACUCCACGGUGCUGUCGGCACCGAAGGCCGAUGUCCUGAAGGGAAUUGAUAAAGCCGGUAUCGGAUCUUGGGACUGGAAACUGAGAGAGAAGAAUUGCACUUACCAUGGCUUGUUCCCAAGAUCCUGGACUGUCUAUGAUGGUGAGCCUGACCUUGAAAUCAAGAUCACCUGCCGUCAGAUAUCACCCUUCAUCCCUCACAACUACAAAGAAAGCAGCUUCCCGGUUGCGGUUUUCACUUUUACGGUACAAAAUUCAGGGAGCACACCCGCAGAUGUCACAUUGCUCUUCACAUGGGCAAAUUCCGUGGGUGGAAAAUCGGAACUGACCGGGAAUCACACCAACUCCAGGAUGAAAGCGCGAGACGGCGUCCAUGGCGUCCUCCUCCACCACAGGACAGCGGACGGGCACCCUCCGGUGACGUUCGCGAUUGCGUCUCAGGAGACCGGCGGUGUCCGCGUCACCUGCUGCCCGUCCUUCGCGAUGGGCCCGUCCGUUCCCGGCGGCGAGCAGUUCACGGCCAAGGACAUGUGGGAGGAGGCCAAGAACCGCGGCGCCUUCGGCGGGGCGCCCAGAGCGUCGGCGUCGUCGAGGCCUGGAUCGUCCAUCGGGGCGGCGGUCGCGGCGACGACGACGGUGCCGGCGGGAGGCACGCGUGCGGUGUCGUUCGCGCUCUCGUGGUCGUGUCCCGAGGUGAAGUUCCCCGCCGGGAGAACCUACCACCGGAGGUACACCAAGUUCCUCGGCCUGGAUAGGGACGCGGCCGCUGAACAAUUGGCCCACGACGCCCUUCUCGAACACAUGAAGUGGGAGUCUCUGAUCGAGGAGUGGCAGAGGCCUGUUCUGCAUGACAAGAGGCUGCCUGAAUGGUACCCGGUUGCGCUGUUCAACGAGCUUUACUAUCUCAACGCUGGAGGCACAAUUUGGACAGGCAAUUAA